AUGGAGUUAUACCGACUUAUGCUAAUUUGGUUAUUUCUACUGAUUCCACCAUUUAUUUUGCGAGACGGCGACGUGCACGAUUUUCGCAGUAGUGAAACAAAAGCGCGGCGAGGAGACCGCGGUGCACAGACGCCGCAAGCAAACUGCUGUGCCCAGCAGCACCGGGAGCUUCCCGGCACGAAUGGAGGUGUUAAAGAUGCUGUGUCAGUCAUUUUGGGAAGCCAGGCUGAGGGUUUGUCCCUGCGGCUCCCGGACGCGAGGUGGCUGAUGUGCACUUCUGGGCCGCCGCCGGGCCGCUUCUCGCCCGAGUCGCACCUGGCCGAGGCCGCCGAUGGCACCUCCGAGUCGGCGCCCAGCUGCGAGGGCAGCGUCUGCGACCGCGCCUCGGAGCUCGAGGACUUCUGGAGGCCGCCCUCGCCCUCCGCCUCGCCAGCCUCGGAGCGAUCUGUGUGCCCGUCGCUGGAUGAAGCGCCCCCCUUCUCGGUGCCCUUCAAGCCGUACGCCUGGAGCAGCCUGGGCGGCUCUGACCUGAGGCACCUCGUGCAAAGCUACAGGUCCUGCCCGGCGCUGGAGCGAGGCUCGGCCCUGGGGCUCUUCUGCGAGCGAGGCUCCGAGCCCGCCCUCUACAGCGCCGAGUGCAGCGCCUCCCUCGGACUUUAUGGCGACUUCGGCUCCCCAGGCCCGGGGCUUUUUGAGAGGCCUCCAGCAGCAGCACCGGGACUCUACACUGACUCGCAGCCCGGACUGCAGCAAGAGAAGGGGCCAGGUGGCAUCAAAGUGGAGUCAGAUCUGCUGUGCCGCCCGCUGCUGCUCGGCACUGGCUCUUACAAAUGUGUCAAGUGCAGCAAGGUCUUCUCCACUCCGCACGGCCUUGAAGUCCAUGUGCGCCGCUCACACAGUGGCACGAGGCCCUUUGCCUGUGACAUGUGUGGCAAGACCUUUGGCCACGCAGUCAGCCUGGAGCAGCACAAGGCAGUGCACUCACAGGAACGAAGCUUUGAUUGCAAGAUUUGUGGCAAGAGUUUUAAGAGAUCUUCUACCCUGUCCACCCACCUUCUCAUCCACUCGGACACCCGGCCCUAUCCCUGUCAGUACUGUGGGAAGCGUUUCCACCAGAAAUCCGAUAUGAAGAAACACACUUUCAUUCACACAGGUGAGAAGCCCCACAAGUGUCAGGUGUGCGGAAAAGCCUUCAGUCAGAGCUCCAACCUCAUCACCCACAGUCGGAAGCACACAGGCUUCAAGCCCUUUGGCUGUGAUCUGUGUGGCAAAGGCUUCCAAAGAAAGGUGGAUUUAAGGAGACAUCGGGAGACACAGCAUGGCCUGAAAUGAGUCCCAGCUGCAAUACAGAAAGCACCUACAACACUAUGAGAACAAACUCCCUUGGCUUCCCCGCUCAGCAUGAGCCCUGUCUGUAGCACGGACCCUGGCAUUAUCUUUCUGACCAGGACUCCACAGAGAAGGGAAGAGAACAGAGUUAUGUAUUGAAAGCUCAACCUGAAUGACUGUGCAAGCGGAAAUUAGAGGCUGGGGUUUCUCUCUCUCUUCUUCUCUCUUUUUGAAAUAACACUGGAAAGUAAACCUUUGAAACAUGAAGCCUGAUACUCCAAAUACGGAUAAGCUACGAAAUAUAUGUGAGCUGGAAAGUCUUUCACCCAUGGCCGAUAUGAAACCCCUCAAGUUUUCAGAAUCUCAAAUUACCUUGCAGGGAAACAU